AUGUCUUACCGUCCGUCGUCAGCUCGUCGUCAACAAACUAGCACAAAUCCAAUUACUGGAGAAAAAAUUGAUUAUAGCAAGAAAGCAACUUUCACCAAAGAUCAAACUGCACCUCUAAUUCCAACGUUAGAUCUAACUGAUGUCAAUGAUAGUGAUCGACAACCCCCACUAUCAGCGAAACAAUAUUAUGGAUCAGCAAGACCACCAUCAGCUCAAGGUGGUGCUAGUGCUCGCUUAGGUUCACAUCGACCUGAAAGUCGGGCGUAUGGAAAUUUCGAUCAUCAACAGGCUAUCUAUACAAAUCGUCAUGGCAAUCUACUGCAAAACACUCAGUACGAUCUGAAUCCUAAUCGAGUUCCGGCUAUGGAUGUAAAGAUUCCUGCCCCUCUACCAGCAGCUCGCCCCAUGUCAUCUCGAACUCAGCGAGCAUUAUCUACACGUCUGCCUGAUUCAGUUCGACCGGCGGUAAUACUAGAUGGAAAAGCAGAAAUGACUCCUCGUCAAAAUUUCACACCAUCAGUAGCUUCUCCCAUUGAUCAAUUCCAAUUAGGCUGGUUAGAGAGCGGCAAUCAUCAGGAUUCGUUGAAAAAAGUAGCUGCUGAAGAGCAGAAUGGACAACGAAAACAGGAAUUAAUGGAUGACCAAGUUCUGUCCGAUCAAUUAUCACGUUAUGUUCUAAGCGAUAUCGAGCAAGAAGAAGAUCGGCAUAAGCCGAUUAUUGUUCAACAGCAACCGAGACGAAAUCUCGAUAGACGUAUGCACGAUACACGAGUUAAAACAAGUACAUCACUAACAGAAAAUUUGCUCAGUAAACGCAUUCGUUUUUCAUGUCGAAUGUUAACUAGAGAUGGCAAAGAUGCGCUACGAGAAUUGUUUGGCUUCUAUUUCGUGCUCGAUAGAACAUUAGCUAUAUACGAAUAUCGCAUAUUGGGUAAACGUUCAAAUGCAUUGCCAUUGAUUCCACGAGGACAAUAUAUACAUUUAUCGGGUUACAACAAGGGACAACCAUAUACUUUACUCGAUUUCUAUCAAGGAGCUCAGAUUGAUUUUGACACUCGAUCGAUAACAUCUUUACCGGAGACAGUCCGUCACCGAACGAAAUUAACAAUCUGUAUUGUAUCUAUCAAUGAACAAGAAAAACAAAUUUUAUUACUUGAUGGUAUACAAGAUUUGAAACGUCGUGAAGUUCUCUACGCUAUCAAACAUCCGUAUAGCACUGAACAACUCGAACAUCAACGAUAUUUGGCUGAUGUUCAUCAAUUAACCAAGCCGCAGAUAAAAAAUCGAACAUUGAUUGUGUAUACAAGUUUAGCUGAGUACUAUCGUCGACGAGCACACAUGGACCGUUAUGAAGACAAAGAUUCGGUUUGUAUAUGUGAAAAGGAAGAUCUCUUAGCCGGACUACAUGAAUUUAAAAUACAUCUUAGUGCAGGACAUUUUGCGUAUAUUUGGUCGCAUAUGUCCAUACAAGGUGAAGCUAAUGAAUUUCUCAAUUUAUUGUUUGGUGAACUAAAUGAACGGCGUUUUGCUCAAGUGAUAAAAGCGUAUGCCAAACUAGAUCCAUCGAAAACAGGCUAUACAGAUAUUGAUACAAUGAAAAAGUUCGUUAAUCUCUACGGUCACCCAUCUGCACUUCAAAAUCAUUUAUCUGAUGAACAAUUAUGGUCACGUUUCUGUGAAACGUUUCGUUUCGCUUUAGACUAUCCACGUGUGUCCUUUUCGGAGUUUCUUAACGUUUACGAAGCACUUAAUAUUGCUGUUGAUCAAGAUGAUGAUUUUAUCCAUCUAGUCAAUAAUACUUGGCAUAUUUAA